UGCACGGUGACAGCGGUGUGCCUCCACCUGUGUUUCCUGAGCGCGUUCUCGUGGAUGGCGCUGCAGGGGCUGCACCUCCACGUGCUGCUGGUGCAGGUGUUCCCGCCGGCCUGGCUGCGCCCGCGCUGCCUGCUGGGCCUGGGCUACGGCCCCGCGGCGGCCAUCGUGGGGCUGAGCGCCGCCGCCUUCCCGGGGGGCUACGGGACCCAUCAAUAUUGCUGGCUGUCCCUGGAGCGCGGGUUCCGCUGGAGCUUCCAGGGCCCCGUCAUCGUCAUCUGCGCGGCCAACGCCGCCAUCCUCGUUGUCACCCUCUGGAAGUUGGUGCAGAAAUUCCACGAGGUCAACCCGGACAUGGGACACCUGCGCAGGACACGUUGCUGGCUGUCCCUGGAGCGCGGGUUCCGCUGGAGCUUCCAGGGCCCCGUCAUCGUCAUCUGCGCG